AUAACAUGACCAGCGCGAUACGGCGCGCAAUUUGUGAGCAGCUGCCACAACUGAAAAACAUCUACCAUGCGCUCGAAGUGCCCUCCAAGGUGCAACAAAAUGCCGCUACACGACCAUUGCUGCAGUGGAUUUUGCCGGCCGAUGUUGCACAACAGGAGCACGACCUGUUGGAGUCGGUAAAAAGUCAACAAUUUGAUGCCACGUACAUAGAACAAGUUCGUGUGGUACCCAGAAAUGGACGCAAUGCAGCCAAAGUUGAGUUCGAGAUUCGACCCGACGCAUUUACAGCCCAUCUGCUGCAAGCAAACCAAAACCUCUCCAUGGAGCCAGCUUUACGCGAGGAGCACGUUGUUGUCGAGUACAGCUCGCCGAACAUAGCAAAGCCCUUUCAUGUGGGCCAUCUGCGCUCCACAAUCAUAGGCAAUGUGCUGGCCAAUCUUCAUCAGCAUUUGGGCUACCGCACGACACGUCUUAACUAUCUGGGCGAUUGGGGCACCCAGUUUGGCCUCUUGGCGCUUGGCGUCCAACUGAGCAAUGUGAAUGAUGCUCAAAUGCGUGCGGCACCUAUUGAAACGCUCUACAACGCUUAUGUGACGGCCAAUAGAGCUGCUGCAGAGGAUCCACAGUUAGCUCAACGGGCACGUGAACUGUUCAGUGCAUUGGAAGCGGGCAAAGAUACAACCAUGUCCAAACAAUGGGAGCAGUACCGCCAAUACACCAUAGAGGAGCUGACUGGCGUCUACGAGCGUCUUGGAGUGCAUUUCGACAGUUACGAAUGGGAGUCACAGUACUCGCAGCGUGAAAUCGUUGAUGUUCUGACACAACUGCGCGCGGCAGGACUACUGCAACGAGAAGAGGAUGGCCGGGAGAUUGUGGUUGUGGGCCAGCGUCGUGUGCCUGUCAUCAAGAGCGAUGGCUCCACCUUGUACUUGGCGCGCGAUAUUGCUGCACUCCUGGAACGCCAGCGACGUCUACAGUUCUCGCGCUUGCUCUAUGUGGUGGACAACGGGCAGGCGGAUCAUUUCAAUGCCUUGUUCCAGACGGUGUCGGCGCUAGAUGAACGCUUCAAUGACAAGCUACAGCAUGUGAAAUUCGGUCGCAUUCACGGGAUGAGCACACGCCAAGGCACUGCCAUAUUUCUGCGCGAUGUGCUCAACGAGGCGCGCGACGUGAUGCGCGAGAAGCGCAGCAUUAGCUCAACCACCAAAGUGAAUAGCACUCUGGAUGAUGAUCAUGUCUGCGAUAUUCUAGGCGUGUCAGCUGUGCUGGUGAACGUGCUGAAACAGCGUCGGCAGCGGGACUAUGAGUUCAGCUGGGAGCAGGCGCUGCAGGUUAAUGGCGACACGGGCAUCAAGCUACAAUAUACACACUGCCGGCUGCACAGUCUGCUGGAUAAUUUCAGGCACAUUGAGCUGGCAGAAGUAAAGCCCAGCUGGCAGCAUUUAACUGAAGAGCCAUCCGAUGCGCUCGCUUUGCUUUACGAGCUGGCGCGCUUUGAGCAAUGCGUUUGGCAGGCCAAGGAGCAGCUGGAGGCGUGUGUCGUAGUUAAUUAUCUGUUCGGCUUGUGCAAUGCGACGAGUCGCGCUCUGAAACGUUUGCCUGUCAAGCAAGAGAAACGCCCGGAGAAGCAAAGGCAGCGACUGCUGCUCUUUCUUGCGGCCAAGCGCACGCUGCAACAGGGCAUGCAGCUGUUGGGUCUCAAGCCCCUAAACCAGAUGUAGUUUUAGUUAUCGAACUAAUUAACAUAGUUUUUAUUGAACAUUUGUAUAGAAAUGCAAUGACGCUUUGUAGUUGGCCGCUUAGCGCUUC